CAUUGACGCAAUGGUGCAGUCACUGGUGUUUGACCUGAUGUUGGCCUUGGAUAAGUACUGUCCGGAGACAGAACCUCCGGACAGGAAACCGCUGCGGUGGUGGACCACUGAGGUUGCAAAAGCACGCACCGAAGUGGUCAGGACAGGGAAACGUCAAGGGUACUCGGAACAUCAUCAUCAACUGUAUGCUGAUGCUCGGCGAUCUUAUAAGAAGAUCAGCCGGGAUGCUAAAGAGCAGUCAUGGCGGAAUUUCUGCACAGAAGCAGAAUCCGUAGCUGACAUCAGCAGGCGAGUGAAGAUCCUGGAAGGGGCUAGACAACAGAAGGUUGGGCUACUCCAGGACAACGAUGGAACAUGGGCACAGACACCGGAAGAUUCCCUCCUGAUGCUCAUGAGGACACACUUCCCAGACCAUCAACCAACAGAAGGUCAUCGGCAAUGUGAGGUGAAUGACUGGACAUACGACUGGGGUGACUUUGGGUCACAGCUGACCGGCAUCACGGAGUACAUAACCACAGAAAAAGUCAAGUCAGCUCUCCUGUCAUUCGGCUCAUACAAGGCACCUGGGCCGGACAAUCUUCCACCCAUAGUUCUUAAGUAUAUGGGUGAGAAGGCAAUGGAUCUGCUUACUACUAUUUACAG